CGCCGCGCCCGCCGCGCCGGCCCCGCCGGCCCCUCCCGCCCCGCCGCUCCGGCCGGCCCCGCCUCGUGCGUCCGCUCGCCGGGCUCCCGGUCUCGCCGGCUCUCGGGCCCGCCCCUAAGACGUGGAGCGCCGCGGCUGCCGGAAGUUUGCCAAAGAUGAAAGUGACCUUGUCAGCUUUGGACACUUGUGAGAGUUCUUUCACGCCUUUGGUAGUCAUAGAACUUGCUCAGGAUGUCAAAGAGGAAACCAGAGAGUGGCUGAAAAACAGAAUUGUCACUAAGAAGAAAGAUGGAGGUGCGCAGUUGUUAUUCAGACCCUUGUUAAAUAAAUAUGAGAAAGAAACGGUGGAAAAUCAGAACUUGUAUCUCGUGGGCGCCUCCAGCAUUAGAUUGCUGCUGGGGGCGGAAGCCGUGGGGCUGGUGAAGGAAUGCCACGAUAACACCAUGAGGGCCUUCACCUACGGGACGCGGCACAACUUCAAAGGCUUCGACGAUAACAAUGAUGAUUUUCUCACAAUGGCAGAAUGUCAGUUCAUUAUCAAACACGAACUUGAAAAUCUCAGAGCCAGAGAUGAAAAAAUGAUCCCUGGUUACCCCCAGGCGAAGUUGUAUCCAGGAAAAUCAUUAUUGAGAAGACUGCUCACGUCCCGCAUUGUGACCCAGGUGUUCCCCCUGCACGACAACGAAGCCCUGAAGAAGCUUGAGGACAGCUGGUAUACUCGGUUCAGUUUAAAGUAUCAGCCCGUAGACGGCAUUCGUGGCUACUUUGGGGAAACAAUCGCUCUUUACUUUGGAUUUUUGGAGUACUUCACGUUUGCCUUGAUCCCCAUGGCGGUCAUUGGGCUUCCUUACUACCUGUUCGUGUGGGAGGACUAUGACAAGUACGUGAUCUUCGCCUCAUUCAACCUGAUCUGGUCCACAGUGAUCCUGGAAGUGUGGAAGCGUGGCUGCGCCAACAUGACCUACAGGUGGGGGACACUGGUCAUGAAGAGGCAGUUUGAGGAGCCCCGGCCAGGAUUUCAUGGGGUCCUGGGCAUCAAUUUCGUCACCGGCCGGGAGGAACCUCUCUACCCCAGCUACAAGAGGCAGCUGCGCAUUUACCUGGUCUCUCUGCCGUUUGUGUGCCUCUGUCUCUACUUCUCCCUGUAUGUCAUGAUGAUUUACUUCGACAUGGAGGCCUGGGCCUUGGAUCUCCAUGAGAACAGUGGGACCGAGUGGACCAGUGUCUUGCUCUACGUGCCCAGCAUCAUCUAUGCCAUUGUGAUCGAGGUCAUGAACCGCCUCUAUCGGUAUGCUGCCGAGUUUCUAACUUCCUGGGAGAACCACAGAUUGGAGUCUGCCUAUCAGAAUCAUCUAAUUUUGAAAGUUUUAGUGUUCAACUUUCUCAAUUGCUUUGCCUCACUCUUCUACAUUGCCUUUGUCCUGAGGGAUAUGAAGCUUUUGCGUCAGAGCUUGGCCACUCUCCUGAUUACCUCCCAGAUCCUUAACCAAAUUAUGGAAUCUCUUCUUCCUUACUGGCUCCAAAGGAAGUACCAUGUGCAGGUGAAGAAGAAGGUGCAGGCUUUAAAGGCAGACAUCGAUGCUACGUUAUAUGAACAAGUUGUCCUGGAGAAAGAAAUGGGAACGUAUUUGGGCACCUUCGACGAUUACUUGGAGCUGUUCCUGCAGUUUGGUUACGUGAGCCUUUUCUCCUGUGUUUACCCAUUAGCAGCUGCCUUCGCCGUGUUAAAUAACUUCACCGAGGUUAAUUCUGAUGCCUUAAAAAUGUGCAGAGUCUUCAAACGUCCAUUCUCAGAACCUUCCGCCAGUAUUGGUGUGUGGCAGUUGGCUUUUGAAACAAUGAGUGUCAUAUCUGUGGUCACUAACUGUGCUCUGAUUGGAAUGUCCCCGCAAGUGAACGCACUCUUUCCGGAGUCAAAAGCGGACCUCAUUUUGAUUGUAGUAGCCGUGGAGCAUGCACUCCUGGCUUUUAAGUUUAUCCUUGCGUUUGCCAUUCCUGAUAAACCACGACACAUCCAGAUGAAACUGGCCAGAUUGGAAUUUGAGUCUUUGGAGGCACUGAAGCAGCAGCAAAUGAAGCUUGUGGCCGAGGACCUGAAGGAGGAGGCGCAGGACGGAGGCGGGAAGGGGAUGGCGAGCUGAGCGCAGGCCGAGGGAGGCCCCGUGCGGCAACGCGGCUCCGGCCCAGGCCCGAGGCUUGGCCCCACGAAGCAGCAGCUCCCCCGUGGCGCUCCCGGGCCUCCCCACUUGGCACUGUCGCGGCUCAGGACCCAUGAAGAGGGCAGCCAGGCCCCGACCCCUGGCAACUCCCACCCCCGCCCUGCUCCUCCUGGUUUCUCCCCAGGCCCCACACCCACUCCACACACCCGACCUUGCUCCAGAGCCACCGCUGCCCUCCUGAGCGUCUUGCGUGGACGGUGCCCCUCACGGUGACAGGUGGCAGUCACACCCGCCCCCGCCCAGCCCAGGAUCCGUGCGUAGGGUGGCGGGCUGGGGUGUGAGCUGCUCCGGGGUUGAGGCGGGGUUUCCAGUGCCGGACAGCUCUGCCUCUUUCCUGGUUCUACUCCGCAACAUGUUAAGACACUUUAUCAGCAAAAACCACGGUCGCUGAGCUAUUAAAGGCAGCA